AUGAGAGAGAGAUACGCUAAACUAUGUCCAGUCAUCGCCGGAGGAAUUGUGAGAGUUGGUGGACGUUUGGAUAAAUCAUCGCUGCCGGAAGAAUCUAAACAUCCCGCAAUUCUUGAUUCCAGUCAUCACGUUACAAAGCUCAUUGUCCGGUAUUACCAUGCAAAGGAAGGUCACGCUGGAACCAGUCAAACUCUAGCAGCAAUACGGCAACGCUUCUGGAUAAUAAAGGGACCUAGCACUGUGAAGAGUAUAGUCAAUAAUUGUGUUCCGUGUCGUCGCCGAAACCAGUCUCCAGGGAAGCAGAUAAUGGCCCCACUGCCAAAAGCUCGUGUGAAAUCUGGUGAGUACCCGUUUUCAUCUGUGGGAGUCGAUUAUUUUGGACCUCUUAAAGUCAAAUAUAAAGAGGAACUGAAAAACGAUAUGGCUGUGUAUUCACUUGCUUAG